AUUAAAAAGUUCAUCUCAUAUUUUUGUUCUAAUAAGGCCAACAUUUUUUUUUUCUUUUUGAGUUUUAUUUCUUGGAGCGUUUGGUGCAGCUGCACUGCCAUCUAGUGGUCAAAGUGGGAACUUUAUUCUAACACAGUCAAAAUAAUAUAGAACUGCCUUUCCCAGAAUAUGACUCUGUAAAAUAAUGAAUAUGCUUAAAAAGAGCAAGAAUUUACGACCCAUAAAUAUUUUGAAAAAAAUAUAUUACCAUUUUAUGAAUCUUGCUAGUUUUAUUAUUGGUUAUAACACUUUUUCCACAGUAUUUCAACAUGGCCAUACUUCAAGUGGCACAUGCUCAGAAAAUAUCUUUUUCUGGGAUUUGAAGUUUGGAAAGCAGCUUUACCCCCUUGCAAGCAAUGCACUCAUACUACUACAUCUCCCAUAAUUCCCUUGGGACUCUAAAGUUUAUGUGGGCUCCUCAUGGUCCAGGGGAUGUUGUGAAACUCCUGCACCUGACAGAAUUGCUCAGCACUUCUUCCACACUGAUGCCCAGCCUGGUCUCUUAUGAGAAGUGGAAAGAAUUUUUAUUUUUAACAGAUUAAGUGAAGCUUCCCAUUACUCAUGGAGAAACAGCCCUCAGUGGUGUUUCGAAAUGUGGGACAGUUGUACUUCCCCCAAACCAGGCUGGAGUGCCACUACAGUCUGACAUCAGAGCAUCAGUGGAGCAGCAGUGAUUGGAUAGGGAUUUUCAAGAUGGGUUGGUCUUCAGUCAAACAGUAUCACACCUAUACGUGGGCUUUGGUCCCUGAUGGAUACACAGAGGGAACCAGCGUUGACUACUGGGCAGUUUUCCAGGCAUCGUACUUGCCUCGCCCUAGUGAUGUGGAGUACCAGUUUGUUUACCUGGACAGCGUGGGAAAGAUAUGUGCUCGCAGCCGUCCGUUCACUUUUUGUGCCCCUCAGCCGCUGGAGGAGCUGGAGACUCUGAAAGAAGAACAAGACGAGGAGGAUGGAGAAGAAGAGGAGCUGCUCCUGGUCAUCCCCAGGGCUCAGCUGCUGCAGAGUCGACUAGCGCAGAGCCUCAAACAGCAGGAGGAUUUACUGCGAGCUCUGGAAGAAGCCAAGAAGGAGGUUGAGUGUGAAAAAGAAACCAGCAAAAGAGCAAGAAUUGAGUGGGAGAGGGAAAGAGAGGCAAUGAGGGAGGAGAUCACUGAACUCAGAGACAACCUGAGACAGAGCUGCCAGAUCCUAAAGAGGCUGGAAGAGAGACACAAGGAUGAGACGAGCAGUCAGGAACUUCAGAGCUCUGAACUGAGAAAACUUGAGGCUGAAAAGGCAGAGAAGCAGCAGCAAGUCCUCGACCUGCAGGAUGAAAUUAGGAUUCUGUCUGACAGAGAAGAUCAAGGAAACAUGGAGCUGCAAAGGCUGAAAGAACGAGUGAAGAAAAUGUCAACCCAGAGGAAACACGAUGAGGAAAAAAGAAAAUCCCUGCAGGUGGAGAUUGAUGCUUUGGCUGCAGAAGUGCGAGGGCUGCAGGAACAUCUGGAAGCCAGCGACCACGUAGCUGAGAACCUACGCAAACAGCUUCAAGACCUUGGCAUCCAGCGGAGUCACACCCACACUGAGCUGCACCAAGCCCGGCUGCAGGUGGCGAAGCUUACCCUGCAGCUGUCAGACCAAGACCUGGCCCUCAGAGAGGAGCGGGCCACCUGGGUCCUCGAAAGGGAGGCUUUUAAGCAUGCAGCAGAGAUGGAUAAGAAGAAACUACAGGAUCUGAGCUGUGAGCUUCAAAGAAAGGAGGAAUGGCUCCAGGAGGAGAGGGCAGAACGAGACCAACUGGAGGCAGAGCUUGGGAGGGAAAAAGUGCAUUUGAGCGACGCCAAGCGGGAGCUGCAGGAGCUGAAAGCCUCUCUGAGGAAGGUCCAGAAAGGCAGAGAGCUGGAAGAACUUCACAAGCAGGAGUUGGUGAAUUGCCUUCAUCAGCUGGAGAUAAAGCUCGGGAUCGGACAAGAAAUGAGAUCAAACAUCAGAACUGCUGAUUGCAUCUCUCCUGGUUCUGAGAAAGAGGAGCUUUCUUCAUCAGCUGCCCUGAGAUCAGCUUGUUCAUCUUUCGCCCCGGAGGAGAGCCAUUACUCUGAGAUCCCAGCUGAGACUCUCAGCCAAAGUGACGAGUCACCAGCUGACUCCCAGGUGGAAGAAAUGGAAAUCAGGACAACUGAAGGAGAAGGGAAGCAGCUAAUCCUGCCUGAACCCAUUAACCCCACCCUGAGGUGACAAGGCUCCAG